AUGGAAAAAUUAAAUACGUUGUUAAUCGCCAACCGAGGCGAGAUCGCUGUUCGCAUUAUCAAAACAGCGAAGGUACUCGGUAUUCGUACAAUUGCAAUUUACACUGCCGCCGAUGCGACAUCAACACAUGUCCUGGCGGCCGACGAAGCUAUCCUGCUCCCGGGCGACGAUUCCACCGCAUACAUAAAUGGGGACGAAAUAGUGCGCAUUGCUCGCUCUCAUGGAGUCGAUGCCAUAAUUCCCGGCUACGGGUUCUUGUCGGAGAAUGUGGAGUUUGCGGAAGCCAUUGCCAACGCGGGGAUGGUCUUUGUGGGUCCUCGGUCCGAAGCCAUUGAAGCCUUCGGUUUGAAGCAUCGGGCUCGCGAAAUCGCUACAGCAGCUGGAGUUCCCAUUGUACCAGGAACACAGGGCUUGAUUGUCACAGAAGAAGAUGCAGUGGCAGCCGCUGAAGAAUUGGGAUACCCUGUUAUGUUGAAAGCCACCGGAGGCGGCGGUGGUAUGGGUUUGAUGAUAUGCAAAAGUGUUGAAGAGGUCCAGCAGUCCUUGGCGCAGGUCCGCUCUAGGGGUGAGACUCUUUUCAAGAAUGCGGGCGUUUUCAUGGAACGCUACUACCCUGAAAGUCACCACAUUGAAGUCCAGGUCUUCGGUAAUGGCCUGGGAGAUGCGAUUCACAUUGGAGAACGGGAAUGCUCAAUUCAACGCCGUCACCAAAAAGUCAUAGAGGAGUGCCCCAGCCCUUUCGUCGAGAGACACCCAGGCCUCCGCGAAAAGCUCACCUCUGCAGCUGUUGCUCUAUCUAAAUCAAUCCGCUACGGAUCGGCAGGAACAGUCGAAUACCUGGUCGAUGACUUGUCAGGGGACUUUUUCUUCUUGGAGAUGAACACUCGUCUUCAGGUUGAGCACGGCAUCACUGAGCUAUGUUACAAUGUUGACAUAGUGAAGCUCAUGCUCCAACAAGCGGAUCGAGAGUUAUGUGGACUUGGGGGCCUAAGCAAAGAUUACCUUGAGUCUUGGCAGCCCAGCAAACCCUCUGGAUGCGCAAUCGAGGCCCGUGUCUACGCCGAAAACCCGGCUCGCAAUUAUUCACCAUCCCCCGGAUUGCUUCAACUUGUUAAAUGGAAAGAGGUGGAUGGCACUCGAAUUGAUACAUGGGUCGGUACCGGGACACGAAUUUCGACAUAUUACGACCCUAUGAUUGCAAAGGUCAUGGUGCAUGGCUCGAACCGCAUCGCCAGUAUUGAAAAGAUAGCCCAGGUUCUUUCUGAUUCCACCAUCUGUGGACCACCGACAAACCUGGACUUCCUACAUUCCAUCAUUCAAUCAAGCCAAUUCCGCGACGGACAUACGUUAACCAACUUCUUGAAUGACUUUGAGUUUUGUCCGACAGCAAUUGACGUCAUUUCACCUGGUCUAUACACAACCGUCCAAGACUACCCAGGACGUCCAUCAGCCGGGCGAGGAAUUCCACAAGCAGGUCCCAUGGACCCAUUGGCAUUCCAAGUUGCCAAUAUUCUGGCUGGAAAUCCGACCAACACUGAAGGUCUGGAAAUUACGUUGAAGGGACCAGAGCUGCGUUUCCUAGCCCCUGGUUGCGUAUCCAUAUGCGGUGCUCCGAUGGAGACUGUACUGGAUGGGGUUGAUGUUCCGAUGUGGACCCGACUCUACAUCAGAGCCGGACAAGUCCUGUCGAUUGGCAAACUUACUGAAUCUGGUGGAUGUCGAGCAUACCUCGCUAUCCGCGGAGGAUUCCCGGCAAUGUGGGUCGGGUCACAAGCAAACUGGGAUCAUGAAUAUAUUACUGACUAUUCUCGCAGCGCACCAUAUUUCGGUUCAAAAUCCACCUCUCCUCUUCUUGGCCUGGGUGGAUACCAAGGCAGAGCUCUGGCGCCAGGUGAUAUGUUGGCGAUUGAAAAGCUUGAUAUUGCUACAACAGAGCCUCAAGUCUCAUUGCCCAGCAAUUUGCGCCCGGAAUAUACAUCACACUGGGAUAUUUACGCCAUGGUUGGGCCUUACGAUGAGGGCUAUAUUGUGUCCGAGGACAUUGAGAUGAUUUAUGACACACUCUGGAAUGUGUCACACAAUGCUACUAGAGGUGGCAUUCGCCUUGUUGGACCUGCCCCUAGAUGGGCAAGGGAAGACGGAGGCGAGGGUGGACAACACCCCAGCAACGUUAUUGAAUAUGGAUAUCCCAACGGCACACUGAAUUGGACAGGAGAAAGCCCAUGCAUAUUCCCGGUUGAUGCACCAGACCUUGGAGGCUUCAUUUCAUCAACUACGAUCGUCAGUGGAAAUCUGUGGCGCAUGGGCCAGUUGAAAUCUGGAGACACAAUUCAAUAUCGGAGAGUCUCAUUGGAAGAUGCUCUCAGGAUCCGUACAAGGUUGGAGAAAUUUUUAACAGAUGUUGCGGCACUUGUUACUGGCCAGUGCAAGCCUGAAACUAUUUCGCCUGCAUUUCCUCCUGCAUUGCCGGACUCUACCCAAUCUGGUGACUGGGGCAAGGCUUGUAUCUUGAGCACCACAGUGAAAGGCUCCACAGAUGCCAUCACAUUCAGACAGGGUGGCGAUGAUUUCAUGCUGGUGGAAUUUGGAGACGGAAAUUUCAACCUGAAUCAUCGUUGCAGAGUUUCGGCAUUAGAUCAAGCUUUCAAUCAAGCUCGGUCAUCAGACGAUUCCCUGAGACAAGCAGUAUAUAAGACGACUGGAUGCUGCAAUUCCCUCCUGGUUCAUUACGACGGGCUAAGCCUCUCCCGAGAAACCCUGAUCAAUGUUCUGAUGACAUUGCAGAAGGGGACUAGUGAUCUCCGUGGAUCAAGGGUUCCAAGUCGAAAGUUCUCCCUUCCUAUAUGCUUUGAGAGUCCAGCCCAAGAGGAAGCGAUUCAACGAUAUACCGAGACACAGCGACCAUAUGCACCAUUUUUACCUAGCAACAUGGAUUUUGUGGCCAAGAUCAACGGAAUCACAUACGACGAGCUGGUGGAGAUUUUCUUGUCAGUUGAAUUCAUGGCAAUUUGUGUUGGAUUCUUCUGCGGAGAUACAAUUUGUCUCCCUGUUGACCCGCGGUAUCGCAUUACAUGUCCCAAACAGAACCCAAGCCGUGUGAACACACCAGAAGGAAGUGUUAGCUGGGGCGGAUCAUGCAUGAACAUUUAUCCUGUUGAUUCCCCCGGAGGAUAUCAGAUGACAGGCCAAACCAUCCCGUGCUUUGACCAAUUGGGGAUCAAGCCUGGCUUCUCGCCGAAUCGACCAGGUCUGUUCCGUGACUUUGACCAGAUCACAUUUUACCGGGUAGGAAAAGAAGAGCUUGAACGUGAGAUGGCUCGUUUCCGGUCGGGUUGUUACAAUUUCCAGUAUGAAGAGGUUAUGUUCGAUAUGACCGCCCACAAUGAUCUUCUUGCGCAGACCAAAGAAGAAGUGGCAGCCUUCAAGUCCCGCCAAGCCACCGCGCAGGUCGAAAUGCUAGCCUUAGAGAAAGAAUCCAUGGACAGAUGGAUGUCCGAGAAAGCGCAAAACGAACUUCCUGCUGAUACAAUUUCGUUGCUCAAAGAAGACCCCGAUAUUUUGAUUAUCUACGCUCCUCUCGAUGCAAACGUGUGGAAGAUCAAUGUCGCAGAUGGGGAGAUUGUCUCCGCUGCUCAGCCGGUCGCGAUUCUCGAGGCAAUGAAAAUGGAGAUUGCCAUAUCUUACAGUGAAGAUCAAAAGGAAGGUGUUGAAAAACAAUUCAAGGUCGAGAAGAUCUUGGUCCAGCCAGGUGAUAUUGUUCGUGCUGGCGACGCAGUGGCAUUUUUACGAAAUAUUUAA